UCAGAAUAAAUUUUUUCACUUAAAAAUUUACAGUACCUCCCAACCUUCAUCCCCCAUUGGAGAUGGAACUUGUCUACUCUCCAAAGACCCUGAAGUGCUCAGAGAAUGUACUUCUGAUGAAUUUAAACGGCCAGAAGAAACAAUGGCGCAGGGUUUGAAGAGGCACGCUGUUAAUUUGCUACACUUCUUUGUAGAAGAUUGGUUUAUUUCUGCUUUACUUGGUUGUAUAACUGCAGCACUUUCUAUAUCUGUAGAUGUUAGCUAUGAAUAUUUGAAUCACUAUCGCGCUGUCCUCUUCGACUUUGCCCGAGAUUACGAUAAAAUGCUUGGUUUUGUUUCUUGGGUUGGUUAUCUAGGAUUUUUUGUUACAGCAGCAGCUCUCGUAUGUAAAUAUAUUUCUCCUCAAGCUAUUGGUUCUGGAAUUCCCGAAGUGAAAGUAAUUAUGAAUGGCUUUUUUCUUCCCAAUUAUUUAACUAUGAGGACAUUAGUAGCUAAAGUGCUUUCUCUGACGUUAACGUUGGGGAGUGGAUUGCCUGGACCAUUCGUCCAUAUGGGGGCAAUUGUUGGCCAUUUGUUAAGUAAAUUAACAAAAGCAUGGCAGAGCACAGCAUUUUUCUCGAACGAGGGAAGAGAAAUAGAAAUUUUGGCUUCUGGUUGUUCUGUUGGAAUUGCUUGUACUUUUAGUUCUCCUGCUGGAGCAGUUUUGUACGGAAUUGAAUGUACACAUAAAUAUUUUGCUGUAAAAAAUUAUUGGCGAGCUUUCUUUGCUACAACUUGUAGUGCUUUGAUUUUUCGUUUUGCUAAUGCUGCAAUUAUUCCCCCACAUAUUGCUGUUGAAGAAAUUAUUUGUUUUGUAAUUAUUGGCUUGAUUUGUGGUUUAUUCGGUGCCUUUUUUGUUCUCCUCCAUAGACGAAUUACUUACUUUAAAAAAAGGAAUAGAACAUUCAAAGCAAUUUUUGGGAGAAAUUCCCUUUCUUUUACAAUUUUUAUGGCCAUUAUUGUUGGCAUUAUUACUUAUCCUGAUGGUUUUGGUUACUUUUUUGCGGGAAAGGCGAGUUUCCUUAGUUUAAAAGAGAUUAGUUGAAAAUCACAUUUUCGGCUGUGCGCAAAUCUUUUCUCAUAAUGGAGGAGAACGCCAAAAAUAAAAUUUGGCGUUUUAGAGUGUUGAAAAAUAAAUUUGGCGCACACCCAAAAAUAAUAAUUUUUCCUUUUUUGUGUUUUAUUUUUGUU